AUGAGUGGGAGAAGCGGUUACAGUAACGGCAACGGCUACGGGUACCCCGACACCGGCCGGUACGAAGAUGGCCGAUACGGUAGCAGCGACAGCCUCGGAGUAAAUGGGUACGGCGGUCGAGGAGGAGGCAGCAGUGGCUCGAAUGGAGGAAGCCGGGAUCGCCGACCUGGCGGAUACGGUGGAUUUUAUGCUGAAUCGAGCCAGUCGCCGUCUAUCUCACCGGGCCAGUCGCCGGAGCGGAGGCGUGAUAUGUCGGACCGGGAGAGGCAGCAGCCGUCUUCUCAAUCGACGUCAAGGUCCCGGGCAAGGGAAGGUGGUUCCGAUAGAAGAUACCAAAGUGCGAGGGAGGAUCGAUCGACUGAGGACGCUCGUUAUGCGGAUAAUCGCAAUCAUGACAGGCUUGUUCCUGAAGUGGGUUCUGCUGUCAUCAACACUGGUGAAAAACAAUCUGUUGAAGAGGUGCUGCAGGCGAUUCAACGCGAUUGGGAUUUCAUGACGGAUGCCGAAUGCAUUCCAGUCAAUGUCGCUCUGAGCUUGAUGGACACGAGUACAUUGGGUAAAGCAGAUAGGGAGCCAGAAUUUCUGCAAAUGCAUGCUCAGAUUCAGCGGACGCUGAAGUCAAUUGUGAACGAACAUCACCAGGGAUUCAACAGUUCUAUUGGUACAUACCACAAGAUUCAAUCUAACAUCUCCAGCUCUCAGAGCCGAGUCCGUAAUCUCAGAAACUCCCUGGAGGAGGCAAAGUCUGGGUUGCUGUCAACAAAACCCGAGCUGAAAGGGUUAGCAACAUCUUCUCAGAACUAUGAUGACAUUCUUCAAUUGUUUGCCCAAAUUGAAGAGAUUCAAUCUCUCCCAGAGAAACUUGAGUCUCGAAUCUCAGACAAGCGAUUCCUUGCGGCUGUCGAAGUACUACACACUGGGCAGCGAUUGCUGCGGCGGUCUGAGCUUGAGGAUAUCGGUGCUUUGUCCGAUAUCCGUGCCUACUUUACCAACCAAGAGAUGUCCCUUACGGACAUCCUGAUUGAGGAGUUACAUGAUCAUUUAUACCUCAAGUCUCCUUACUGUUCAGAUCGAUGGAGGGCACCCGCUACUGAUGGAGAAGCGAACCCAACGAACUGGACAAGCAACCGGUCUUGGGAGCGUCCCGUUUACAGCUUCCUAUCCAAAUUUGAUGCUUCGACGCCAAUAGUUGAAGAUGCAUCUCGAAACCCGGAAGCUGAUACUUUUUCUUAUAUCCAGCUAUUAAUCGAGGCUCUGAGUAAGAUGGGCCACCUUGACACUGCUAUUGAUCGGAUUGAGCAACGCUUACCGGUGGAGUUGUUCACUGUGGUUGAUAAAACAAAUGUGGAAGUUGAUGCGCGGUAUCCUACCCCGAACCGCAGCUAUUCUUCACACGACAACCAGCUCAAGUCUAAUUUGCCUACGGAGAACAUUGAGCAACGCGGCCAUGUGCUUUCUGAGUUCCUAUGGACCCUCUAUGCGAAGUUUGAGUCAAUCGCAGAAGGCCACCGAGUCGUGCAUGAUGUGGUCUCGGCCAUUAUUGGGCGAGACGGCCCUGCUAAAAGCGACACGCUUGGCGCCGGGUUCAAGGAACUGUGGAAGCUUUUGCAGAGCGAAAUUCGGUCCUUAUUGCAUGACUACCUCGCGACCGAUGGUGAGGCAUCAUUUAGGUCUCGAGGGGAGGAGGCAGAUGCUCGACGGAAUUUUAAUUUGGGCAAUCGGGAUAAGAACAAGAAAAUGUUCAAGCUAUCCGACAUUGACCAGAAUUCGGAGAUGAAAGCCGAGCAAGAUGAGCUGGACGAGAUCCUCAAAUCAUCAGUACCCGGUCUGGUGUCUAAGUCUAGACAAAAAGAAGCAGCUGCCGAUGCCACACAAUCCAAGCAAGGCAAUUCGGGUACUGGUCAUAAGCUUCUUCUUGAGCCAAGCGUUUUCAACAUGAGACUUCUCCUCCCACCAUCGCUAUCCUUCAUUCAGCGCCUCAAAGACAUUGUCCCAAUCGAUUCUGAUAUUUCCAUGUCCACAUUGACUUCCUUCUUGGACGAUUUCAUGGUCAACGUGUUCCUUCCUCAAUUGGACGAGACUGUGACAGAUCUGUGCACGCUGAGCUUCAUUGCUGCUGAUGCAUUUACCGAAGAUCCCCAAUGGACCAAGGUUUCGCCUCGACCGAUAUUCAAAGGAACGGUCAAGUUCAUGACCAUUGUGCGCGAAUUUAGCAAAAUGCUAUCAAGUAUCCCGCACGAUCAGGCUUUCACACAGCUUCUUAUCGACCAGAUCGUCACGUACUAUGAUAAGUGCUGUGGCUGGUAUAAGGCAAUGGUUACGAAGGUUUCCGCCCGCAACCACGGAGGCGAAGUACGGCUGAAGGCCGCCGCAGCAUUUGCUGAAGCUGGUGAUAUUCAUGAUGUAGUGGAUGAGCUAUGGCGAGCACCCGGCGCCAAGAAGAAGACUCUCAUCGACACUGAAAUUGACCUCCUUCUGAAGAGGACGGACAGUUCGCCUUUGGAGCCCUACGAUAUUAUAUCGGACCCGAAGACAGUCGUUGCUCUUUCACUCCUAUACAACAGCAUGCAAUGGCUGGGAAGUCACCUUGUCAAGAUUCGACUGGUCGUCGAUACGUCUGAGGAGGUCAGCACAUCAAAAGUGACCGCAAAUGGCCGACCGUCCCGCAGAUGGACCCUAUUCGGGGCCAUGAAGCCCAAGCGAGACAGCAUCAGCCAACCAGUACACCUUCCCCUUAACCACGAGACAGCCACAGCCUUCGACGAAACUGUACAAUCUCUCCACCGGCUCGGAUCAUAUGCUCUCCUAACUCUCCACAUCGACAUCCGCUGCGGCAUUAUCCAUAUGCUGACACGGACAAUGUCCGGUCCCAAUCCCCCGACUGUCCGAAACUCAGAGCCCGUAACACCCUCUCCGAGCGUAACAGAGAACUGGUGGCAUAUCAUCCUGAACCAGCCCACAGCCGCAUCCCCGACAAUCCUCCAAUUGAACGGUGAUCUUAUCGCAUUCGACACCAAUAUCUCCACAUACCUUGGCCCCGCCGAGCGAUGGUUCAUCACAUCCGGCUUGGCCCGAGUUAUCGACCGUGUAUUCGUCGCCUGUACACGCUACAUCGGCGCAAUGAACGAGAAUGGCGCUUUACGGUUGCAACUCGAUGUGCUCGUUCUCCAGCAAAAUCUCAAGAACAUCAUCAUCGACCCGACCGCCGACCCAGCCACCGAACAAGAAGUCGUCGCUCUACCUCGCAGCGCCAAGUUCCUAGAUUGGUUCUUGGAAGGUGCUGAGAAAGCGUUGGACUACGCGAAUGAGGAGAAGGGUGCAUUCGCGGCGCAGGGUGAUAAAGCUCUCGCUGCUGGAAAUGGUGAACCGUUUACGUACGAGGAGCUUCGCGUUCUGGUUGACCUGUGCUUUUCGGAGAUUUUACGCGGUCCACGUGGUGCGGAGAAUCGGGAGGACUUCAUGUCGGCGAAGAAGGCUAGUGCGGAUGCUUUGCUGCGUCUUAAUGAGGUGAUGUGGGAUGCGCGGUGA